GAGUGAGUGAGUGAGAGAGAGAGAGAGAGAGAGAGAGAGAGAGAGAGAGAGAGAGAGAGAGAGAGAGAGAGAGAGAGAGAGAUAUUUCCUCACUCUAUUGACAUUUGACCUCCACUAUCUUUCCCCUCUUAUCUCCUGCCUCUGCUAUCUCCCUAUCUCUCUAUCUCGUGUAUCUCUCCCCUAGCGUGGGUUGAGCCAGUCCGACACCGCUGACCCUCUCCAGACUCGCCGUUGGCGGACCGUGUUUCAUUGCCCCUCCCCUCCCCUCCCCUCCCCUCCCCUCCCCUCCCCUCCCCUCCUGCGGCCUCGCCCGCCCGCUCUCACCACCAGCCCACGGCGCUUUGUUCGCGGCACACGGUGCGCGGAACGGCCCUACACGCGAGCGGGCCCGGCUGAAGGCUAUUCGUCCGGUCGGCCGCGAGGGCAGCACUCAGUCGCUCUCCUCAGACGGAGUGAGGUCGAGGCGCACGCGCGCGGCGGACGCGGAGCUCGUGGUGUCUGGAAGGGGCUCACUUUCUGGCUAGUCGCGGGCAACCGCGCUCCCAGCCGCCAAGAUGUUUGAUAUUUUUGGAUCGGUGCAGGGCCUGUUGAAGAUCGACACGGUCUGCAUCGAUAACAACAUCUUCCGUCUGCACUACAAGGCGACCGUGAUCCUGCUGGUCGUGUGCUCGCUGCUGGUCACCUCGCGCCAGUACAUCGGUGACCCGAUCGACUGCAUUGUCGAUGGCGUUCCCGGCAAUGUCAUGGACACCUACUGCUGGAUCCACUCGACCUUCACGGUGCCCCGCGCCCUGACCAAGGCGCAGGGCGAGACCGUGCCGCACCCCGGCGUGGACACCGUGCAGGAAGGCGACGAGAUCAAGUACCACAAGUACUACCAGUGGGUGUGCUUCGUGCUCUUCUUCCAGGCCAUCCUCUUCUUCGUGCCCCGCUACCUGUGGAAGAUCUGGGAGGGCGGCAAGUGCAAGAUGCUGGUCAUGGAGAUGAACUGCCCCAUCAUCGACGAAGACGCCAAGCGGGAUCGUAAGAAGCUGCUGGUCGACUACUUCCAAAUGAACCUGCACAACCACAACUUCUACGCCAUUCGUUUCUUCUUCUGCGAAGUGCUCAACUUCGUCAACGUCAUCUGUCAGAUGUACUUUACCGACAUGUUCCUGGGUUACGAGUUCACGACGUACGGCUCGCGCGUGGUGCACUACGCCAACAUGGACCAGGAGGACCGGCCCGACCCGAUGGCCAUGGUGUUCCCCAAGGUAACCAAGUGCACGUUCCACAAGUACGGAGCCUCCGGCACCGUGCAGCGCCUCGACGGCCUGUGCGUCCUGUCGCUCAACAUCAUCAACGAGAAGAUCUUCGUGUUCCUCUGGUUCUGGUUCAUCAUCGUGGCGGUGGUGUCUGGUCUGUCGCUGCUGUACCGCCUGGCGGUGGUGGUCUCGCCCCAGGUGCGGCUCUACCUGUUCCGUGCCCGCGCCCGCCUCGCACCCCCAGAACAGAUUGAAACGAUCGCCCGCAAGAGCCAGAUCGGCGACUGGUUCCUGCUCUAUCAGCUGGGAAAGAACAUGGACCCGCUCAUCUACAAGGAGUUCAUCAACGAUCUCUCACGUCGUUUCGAGGGCAAAGACGUCCAAUAGUAGCAGCAUCAGCCCUGAGGGCGUCUUUGUUAACAGCGGCCCUACCUAGGGGCGGAGGGGAGGGGCCGUCCGGUGUUCCAACACCGGCACCGACAGCGACGUGCCACCUCCAACACCGUGUGAUAGUCCGGCCACCGGCGCGUGGGCACUGACGCCACGUGAUCACGUGCGCGAGUCAUGUGCCCACAGGAGCCUGGACUGACCUUGUCACGUGCGCGCUGAGCUUGGGUGUUGAGGCACCUCCGUGUGUGGCAGGAAUGGGUGUGUUACUGUAUCUCAGAAACAGGCGCGGCUCGAUAACGCGAUCCGCCCGACACUGACAAUAGUUUUGUAUUCAUAUCGCAUCUCAUGACGCCGAACUGCCGCCGCUGAUACGUCGGUCUCGGCACGGGGAGAUUAGCGUGCUGCGUCCACGCCGGCCGACCGGCGACUUUUUUUAGCUCAUACGAAGCCGAGUGCUUGCUGGUUUUAGGGGCCAAGUGAAUGACUAUUUUGUGGAAAUAAACGAAAUCACUGAAAA